AUGAAUACGAUUAAAGUAGCCCAAAAUGCACGUGCUGCUGCUAAUAAGUUUCAAUAUGUGACCACUCAAGAAAAGAGUGUUGCGCUUGAUAAAAUUAAAAAUAUUCUUACAGAUAAGAAACAAGAAAUUUUUAAAGCCAAUAGACAAGAUAAAGAGAAUGCUGAGAAAUUAGUAAAUGCCGGAUUAUUAUCCGCCUCUCUGUUCAAGCGAUUGGACCUUGAAAAAGGAGAUAAAUUUGAUACAAUGCUUAAGGGAAUAUCUGAUAUCGAUCAAUUACCAGAUCCUACUGGCCAAAUUACUUAUUCUAGUAAACUUGACGAAGGGUUGGAACUUUAUCGUGUUACCUGUCCUGUUGGAGUUUUGCUAGUAAUUUUUGAAGCAAGACCUGAGGGUGGGAAAGAAUCUUCUUUCUCUUUGAACGCACUAUCAACGGCCAUUCGAUCCGCCUUGGCUGAUACCGUAAUUCCAUCAGAUGCUAUUCAACUUGUUGAAACUCGUGAAGAAAUUAAAUCUUUAUUAGAUUUGGAUGAUUACAUUGAUUUGGUAAUUCCACGUGGAAGCAAUAAUUUGGUGAAAUAUAUUCAGAGUAAUACAAGGAUACCUGUCUUGGGACAUGCUGAUGGUUUAUGUUCAGUUUAUGUUGACAAGGACGCUAACCUUGAUAAAGCUGUUCGAAUCGUUGUCGAUUCAAAGGUCAAUUAUCCUGCGGCAUGUAACUCGGCUGAGACCCUUCUCGUAAAUCGUUCAAUUCUCUCAACACAUCUCAUACCUAUCGCUACUGCAUUACAGAAUGCUAACGUUCGAUUACACCUUGAUUCAGAGUCACUUUCUUACCUUCCUACUACAAACUCUUCAUUUAUCCAGGAAUGCGUAAAUGAGGAUUUCGACACAGAAUUUUUGGAUCUAGAUAUUGCAGUUAAAGUGGUUGGUGGCGUAGAGGAAGCGAUUCAACAUAUAAAUUCACAUGGCAGUAAGCACACAGAUUCUAUCGUCACGGAAAAUGAUCAAGUUGCAAAGAGAUUCAUGCAAGGUGUUGAUGCUGCAGGUGUUUAUUGGAAUGCGAGCACCAGAUUCGCUGAUGGUUUUCGGUAUGGCUUCGGGGCUGAAGUUGGGGUAAGUACUAACAAAACUCAUGCACGAGGACCAGUAGGUCUUGAAGGAUUAGUGAUUUAUAAGUAUAAACUUUGUGGUAAUGGGCAUAUUGUUGGAGAAUUUGGCGAAGGCUCUGAAAAAAAAAAAUAUUUACAUGAGAAUGUUGAUGGAACCACCAACAAGACCGUCUUAUAA